AUGGCAUGUGAGCACAACAUUCUACAACUAAACCCCUCGCCCUUCGCAGAAUUAGCUGGAUAUGAACAGCCAGAUGCCGCAGCACGCGCAGGAGCAGAAACGACAUCUGGAAGAGCGCCGAAGAGUGUCAAGGAUCAUCCGAUCGGAACAUUUCCCGCUCCUCUAGUCCUACCUCACGACGAGCUCAACUAUGAUCCAGAUUCUUCGCCGCAGAGUAUGAAGAAAUGGCUGAACGAGGAGUGUAGGAACAAGCUUUCAUCGGCGCCAAGAAGGAACAAGUUGUAUGUGGUGCAAGUGCCUGGGAUCAGUUUCAAAGUGGAUUUUUUGAGGCACUGGGUAGUACCAACCAAUUACGAUGAAGUCAAAGGCGAGGCCGAAGCUGUAUCCUCUCCUCCAUCUACAGAUCACUUCGUCGACUAUCUUACCGCAUUUUAUCACGACAUGCCAGUUCGCCUCUUCCCCACGCCAUUGACCUGGACAUCAUGGGGCUCCAAUACCAAAUCCGCCAAGGGCUGUCGCAGCGCCGCUCUGCCGAAGUAUGUUGGCCUAUCGCAUGGAGAUCGGUGUACCAGAAUCCGCGUCCGCCCUGCGCCAGACAAUGCUUUCCCUGCUCAACUGAAUCUAGACGACAUCCUCGACACAGCAAUCUCAAUUCUGCCUGAUGACGCUUAUGCAAUGGUGAUUCUAGUCGACCACGACAUCUACGAGUCUGACGAUGACGACUUCUGUUGUGGCAGGGCUUAUGGAGGCAGCAGAGUGGCAGUUGUGCAGACUGCACGAUACAAUCCGAUUCUAGACGAACGAGAAGGAGAGGAGAUUGACAGAAACCACACGUGGCCGUGGAGUCAUUGCAAAACCUUUGUCGAUGAACUAUGUGCUGUAGAGGAUGUAAAGGCAAAGCCUGCGACGAAGAAACAGAAAGAACUAAGCAAGAGUGGGGCGAUGAAAGCGGCUACCCAGGCCGCGACAACAUAUAAGCCUCCAUCAUCGGGGCAAGAAGUACAGGCGCUUUGGUUCUCACGUCUCGCACCAUGCGAAGCAAAGGUAGCACAUGCCAUUGCUGGAGAGCUGCACGGUGGCCGCGAAGACGAGAAAAGAGAUUGGAUCAAGCAGAGGUGCGAGGCUUUGAGGCACUUCUGCAAGAGGUUGGGAGAUAAAAACAUGGAUAGUUCGAUGUGGCAGGGCUUGGACGGGUGGCUGCAAGAAAGGAUGGUAGCGAUGUAA